AACAUCAGUUUCCGCAAAGACCAACCAACGAUUGUCAUAAAGUUACGUAAUUUGCCCUAAUAAUUUCGUCGCCGUUAUUGAAUUAAUAAUUUAUUUGUGCUACAAUUUAGAUUUCAUUGUCCGCGUGACUUCAUUCAAGUAUUUCUACUGCGUUUUUACAAAUCAUAUCCAUUUUUGAUUUUUCAGUUGUUUAUGAUUUAUCGUUCAUUAUCGCAGCACGUGCACUUGCUAAGUAGUAGCAGCUGAUUGCUUAAGGCUUAUGAGUUAUGAUAAUUAUAAUUCUGAAUCAAUGGAACUGUUUGAUUGAUCCCCAAGCGCGCGGAGAAGAUUGUGUACAAGUACAAUAAGCCUUGCUCUUCAAAGAAUGGCGAGCGCCAACUAUGGGAUUUUGGGUCUUCGAUACAACCAAGAUUUCGGCUGUUUUUCCGUGGGACUUCAAUCCGGAAUGCGCAUCUAUAACGUUAAUCCUUUGGUGGAAAAGCUACGUCUAGACCAGGAUCUUGUUGGUAGUGUUGGAAACUGUGAAAUGCUGUACCGUAGCAAUCUCAUUGCCAUUGUCAGCGGAGGGAAUAUGCCGAAAUUUGCCGAGAAUACUGUCUUGAUCUGGGAUGAUACUGCCAAGAAAUUCGUGUUGGAGCUGACGUUUGCCCUGCCAGUAAUUUCGGUUCGUCUCCGACGUGAUAAAAUAAUUUGCAUCCUUCGGAGUGAAAUCCACAUCUUUCGAUUUCCUAAUAAUCCGGAAAAGAUUGUCACACUUUCUACGCGUGACAAUCCUCGAGGGCUGUGCGAAGUAAACACCGCCAGUGACCGACAAAUUAUGGUUUACCCUGGCGUAAAUAAAGGAACUCUUCAAAUUAAGGAUCUAUCAGGAGACGACGCCAGCUCAUUCAAAGCCCAGGCUCCAAUUAAGGCGCACGAAAAUGAUCUUGCCUGCCUCGCAAUUAGCCAGAAUGGUAACAAAUGCGCUACGGCUUCCACAAAGGGCACCUUGAUACGCGUUUUUGACACUCUGAAGAGGACACUGCUGGUGGAACUACGCCGCGGAAUGGAUACUGCUCGCCUCUAUUCGAUCAAUUUCAGCUUGGAUUCCGAGUAUCUGUGCGUGUCAAGUGAUAAGGGAACGGUUCACGUUUUUGCUCUUGAAGAUCAGAAACUCAACAAAAGGAGCAAGUUACCAAAAAUUGGAUUGUUUAAUCAGUACAGUGACUCACAGUGGGGAAUCUGCAGUUUCACCGUACCAGCCGAAGUUCCAUGCAUCUGCGCUUUCAACACUCAGCAAAAUUCGCAGUCGAUUGUGGCGAUAUGCGUGGAUGGCAAAUACUACAAGCACUCCUUCUCCGACUCAGGCCACUGUAAUCGCGAAGAAUAUGAUGUUUUUAUGGAGAUUAGCGGGGAAGAUUUGUGACCAGGAUCCGACUAGGUACUUAUUUGGAUUAUUUCGUUUCUUUUAUUCUCUGGAGAUACCUAGACCUUGCCGGUGCUACAGUCUGUCUACGUUGUGAUUAGAAAGUCUUCUGUUUUUACGCCUCUUUUGUCUUGAUGAGACCUGGAAGGCAUUUUUAGCAAAAAUCCGUUUUUCUGGAUUUUAUUAGGCAUUUGUGAUAGGUUUUGUUACAAUCGCUUGUACCUACGAUUAAAAUCGAAUGCAG